UUCCCUUAUUAUUACCGUUGAGCAUAUUGUUAAAGUCAGCUCAGCGGAACGAGGAGUUAAAAAUAAAAAAAUAAAAUAACAAGAAAAGAAAGAAGCGCAGCAGCAGCAGCAGCGCCGGAAGGCGAAACCCACGCACAGGGAAGUACCUUCCUUCCAAGACAUCCAAAGCACAACCCAGAAGAAAAAGUAACACUUCACCUCAACAUUUCUUUCUUUUCAUUCCUUUCCCUUUCUUUCCUUUCCUUUUACUCUCUGAUCAAAAGUUGGAAUUCAAUCCCAUUCUUAACCACCCAAAACAACAAAGGAUAGCAAAUUCCCUCAAUUUUUCAUGACACAAGUUAUGGAUGCCACCUCAACUACGCCCAAAGCCCCACCCAUCUCUGAAAUGUUCCAGAAGUUUGCCCUCGCUUUCAAGACCAAAACUUUCGAAUUCUUCGCCGAUGACACCGCCGCCGAUGACCCCUCCGACGUCGACGGUCUUUCCCUCCUCGACUCCGCUGAAGAUUUCAUUCCCGAUCAGAAAGUUAUUAUCCUCAAGCCCGAUCAACCCCUCUAUCAGAAUUCAGUGAGCUCUCCAACUCCUUCGAGGAUACCUCAACAAUUAUCACACCAAUCGAGGAUAAAUAAUUCCACGGACCACACCCAUACCACGCCUUUAAACGCUCAGUCCGCUCAUACUUUGAUUUCUUCUAUAUUUGCGACAGUUUCUUCAUUUGAAGCUUCGUAUCUGCAGCUACAGAUUGCCCACGUGCCUUUCAAUGAAGACAGUAUAAAGGCGGCGGAUGAAGCUCUGGUUGCGCAUCUUCAGAGUAUGUCUGAUUUCAAGCAGUUCUAUGUGGAUUUGUGUAGGAAUCCCGACUUCGGGGCAGCUUUGCCUAUUGGGUCUUGCUUGGAAGCUCAAGUACAGGAAAAUCAAAGCAAGCUGAGAGUUCUGGGGAUUGUUUCGGACCAUUUACAAGCAGAGAUUGAUCGAAAGGAUAACGAAUUUUCGGCUUUAAGGAAGAAAUUGGGCGACAUACAAAAGUCUAAUUCCAAGUUAGCAAAGAGAUUAUCUGGUAAUUUGAAUUUGCCUUCUUCUUGUGAUGUUUUGUUGUCUGUUAGGGUUCUCGAUUCUUUGAUAAAUGAUGCUUGUAGAGCUACACAUAAAUUCACGAAGAUUUUGAUAGAUUUAAUGAGAAAAGCUGGAUGGGACUUAGAUUUGGCUGCGAAUUCAGUUCAUGCUGAUAUUGAAUAUGCAAAAACAGGGCAUAAUCGCUACGCUUUUCUCUCAUAUUUUUGUUUGGGUAUGUUUCGAGGUUUUGACUUAAAGAGUUUUGGUUUGGAUGAGGGUGAUACUGAAAUCCUUUCUAAUGGGCAUAUUUCUGAUUCUGAUAAGACCCACAGUUCGUUGAAGCAGUUGCUUGAGCAUGUGUCUAGCAGUCCUGUGGAGUUGCUACAUAGGAAUCAUAACUGUGAAUUUUCAAGAUUUUGUGAAAAGAAGUAUCAAGAGCUUGUUCAUACAACAAUGGAAUCAUCGAUUUUCAGCAAUUUGGAUCAAAAUGAAGUUGUUUUGAAUUCAUGGAGAUCACUUAGUAUAUUCUAUGAGUCAUUUGUUAACAUGGCUAGUGCAGUGUGGACGCUUCAUAAGCUGGCGUUUUCAUUUGAUCCUGUUGUUGAGAUUUUCCAGGUGGAAAGAGGGGUUGAUUUUUCAGUGGUAUAUAUGGAAGAUGUAACUAGAAGAUGCACCUUGCCAGCUAAAAGCCGGAUGAAGGUGGGGUACACAGUAGUUCCAGGAUUUAAGAUUGGGAGAACAAUUAUUCAGUCCCAGGUCUAUUUAUGUGGUUUGAAAUGUACAGAAUAGUUGUUCAUGGUUGAAUCAUGUAGGAAAUUAGGAGUCACGCCGCCUAAGCAAAAUAAUUUAUCUUGGUUUUGGUUUGACUCUCUGCACCACAAUCAUUGUGGGUAAAUGACAGUAACACAGGAAUAUGAAGGAUUUGCUUCGGUGUUUAUAAGGGUGCCUCAGUUAUAUAUGCUGAUAGAUGAAUAUGAGAUAUAAAAACACUUGGAGAAGCCAGAUCUUUCUUUGCUGCAUUGUUGCGGUGAGCACUGGGAGCAACUGCGUUAUGCAGCUUAUGGUUACUUUGUGAUGUGUAGUUAUGCUUCCAUCUUGGUUGUGAAAUUUACUUUUUCUUUUCUUUCUGCCAGGUGUUAUGUAAAAAUUGCUGUAAAGUUUUUUACGUUUUGCUUUUCUUCCUGAGAGAUUUUGCUUGCAAGCUCAAUUCUGACAAAAAAAUACAUUACCAAACUCUGGAAACUCUGUAUCCACAUUAGGUUCUUUUGGAUACAUAAAAAUUCAACCUGGAAUAAUAGAAAGUUGUGCUAUAA